AUGCUCAGCCGCGACCCCGCGAGGCGGCCCACGCCCAGCGCUCUGCUCGAGCAGGGCGUGUUCGGCAGCUCCAAGUCGCACCCGCAAGACGAGGACAUGGAGGUGCCAGAGUCCGCUGUGGUGCCCAAGCCCGAAGCCGAUGACGCCCAGGGCGACCCUCUCGAGGGGAAGCACAUCUUCGAUCCAGCGGAGGCCACGCAGGAGAGUGCUCCGACGCAGAGCGGUGAGCUUAAGAUCACCACGGCCCUGGAGCUCCAGCCGCCCAAGGCCUACGGGAUCCUUGGCAGGGCGGGCUUGCAGGUGCAGUCUAUUGUGGCUGCUUCUCAGAUGGGUGGUUCUGCGCAGUGGACUUUGGAGAGGUGCCUCCUGCAGUGUGACAGUGGCGUCUCGGAGCUUGAGGAGAGUACGAGAUGGCGAAGCGCCAGGUGGUUGUGCGAGGGGACUACAUCUAUGCUCAGUUUGAGGCAUCCAUCACCGACGGCCAGAAGAAGUGUUCUAUGUACGCCAUCGGCACCAUGA